AUGUCCGAGCAUCUGGCUGCGGCCACCGCCGCGGGGGCUUCACCCCCGCACAGCGUGAAGGACAUCACUCGAAUCGCCCAAGACUAUGAAUACAACCCUGCGGUACCCCUCCGAUACUGGCUCCGAUCAGCAGCUACUCUAGUGAAGGAGGCAUACAUAUACACACGCGAAGGGAAUGACGAACAGGCCUACCUUCUCUUGUUUCGGCACGCGCAGCUGGUUCUCGUCAAUCUUGCAAAACAUCCCGAUGCGAAGGAAGAACCGAAUCGGAAAGCCUUGUUCCAGGCCGAGCAAGAAGUGAAGAAGAACUUGGAGAUCCUGGAGGCCCUGAAACCUCGAAUCAACAAGCGGUACGAGCGCUAUGUCCAGCUAAUGCGUGACCGGAAAGCACGCGCGCCACCCCGCACAACGAACCAGACUCUCCCGGAGCAAAAGCAACACAAUGACCCGGCCUUGUCCGGAAAGGCCGAGCCGCUGGAAGCCGGCGCGAACAGAGACCUCGCGGUCAAACUCGCACGGACCGAGAUCAGUCGACGGGCCACGGUGAAAGCUGCCAUCCGACAAGCUGGGAUCUCGCCCGACGAAGAACAAAAACGACGUGCUGCGGGGGUGUGGGGAGAUUGGGAAGAUGCACUACAGAAAGACAGUCACAUGAUGGACAAUGACUUGAGCCAGCGGAUUCAAGACGUGCGGUUGAAUAUAGAGCAGGGACCGCGGCCAGACCGUUGGCAGCAGAAGCCAGUCAAGCCUGCGGCGCAAGCGCCUGCAGGAGUCUCUUCGGAGUCUGCAUACAAGUACCCAACUGUGCCUCGCCAACGGCCAUUGGACAUCUCCCCGCCGCCGCCAUCGAAAGACGUCGGAGAGAACGCCAAACUCCAGUUGGAGCCUCCGAUCCGACCUCCGAAAGAGAGCAAUGUUCUCUUUGACGGACCUUUACCUCCUCGUCCCGACAAGGUAUCGCCUGCCAUCAGUAGCUCUUCCAUUUCUGUCUCUGCUCCAGCUCUACCAGCGAAGGUACAACCGGCAUCAGAAGGCUCAUCGCGCCCCGACCUUCAUCCGUCCAACUUUACCUUCAAGCCUUCCGCUUACUUGGAAAACGGCACUCCCCUACGCACGGUGUUCCUGCCGCCAGACCUCCGGACGCACUUCCUGAAACUGGCGGCCCCCAAUACGCAGCGCAACCUGGAGACGUGUGGCAUUCUCUGUGGGACGCUAAUCUCCAACGCGCUGUUCGUUUCCCGACUUUUGAUUCCCGAACAGACGGCGACAUCGGACACCUGCGAGACGGUGAAUGAAAGCGCGAUUUUCGAUUACUGUGAUACGGAGGAUCUAAUGGUGUUGGGCUGGAUCCACACCCACCCUACGCAGACAUGUUUCAUGAGUUCGAGAGACCUACAUACUCAUUGCGGGUACCAGGUGAUGAUGCCGGAAAGCAUUGCCAUUGUCUGUGCUCCGAGCAAGACGCCCGACUGGGGCGUGUUCCGACUGACCGAUCCGCCGGGUCUGAAGUCGGUCCUCAACUGUACGCAGACCGGGCUGUUCCACCCCCACCCCGAAACCAACAUUUAUACGGAUGCUUUGCGGCCUGGACAUGUGUUUGAAGCGAAGGGACUGGAAUUUGAGACGGUCGACUUGCGGCCCACAGGGUCACAGUUCUGA